AUGCUGUGGCGAGCUUCUCUUACAGUCUUCAUUAUAAGUUCUGUGUGCGAUGCUAUUGUUAACACAUAUCCAUUUGAUGCACCCUAUUCGGACGUUAAGCGAGAGCAGGAGCAUGCGGUCGACCACGUUUCCUGUAGACUGACUCUGCGCCACAAAAAGCCCCUUGGCUGGCAGAUGGGGCUGUUUGCCCGGUGCCAACUUCUCAAAGAGGACCGGGGAACUGUGACUAUGAAGGUUGAACUAUUCGUCCAUGGACUUCCGCAGUUUCUACAUAAAAGCCCUACCGACCUUCUGUCGUGGUUCGUAAACUGGCUGUUCUGGGUCAAAAUGGAACCCUGCAAUACGACUGUC